AUGAAAGUGUUCCUGUCUCUUCUGUUGGCUGCUGUCACUUGCAUGGAUUUGGGACACUCCUUGCAGUGUUACACGUGCAGGGAUUUGACCUCAGUUGACAAGUGCCAGACAAUUGAGAACUGCUCAAAGGAGGAGACCAUGUGCAAGACUACGAUGUAUUCCCUGGAGGAUGUUUAUCCCCCCAUAGGAGUCUCCACUGUCACCAAGAUGUGUGCCUCCAGCUGUGAGCCCUCUAGUGUGGAUAACAUCGGGAUGACACGUCCUGUCACCUGCUGCUACUCUGACCUGUGCAACUACGAUGGAGCAGCAAGUUUGAACGCCAGUGCCUGGCCAGUUGGGGUCCUGGCAGGUUCCCUCUGGGCCUUUUUCUGGACAAGACUGUGA